GUCGCUUUUGGGAUCUCCAGCGAGCGCGUGUGAUCAUGUGGUGGAAUUUCUUUGUGAUUUUUGCAUUUGUGGGUGGAUUUGUUGUGGCUCAGGAUCAGCAUCCUUUUCAUCAUCUCCUACGCAGUGAUUCCCAGGAUUCCGUAUCGGUGUUCAAUGUGAAUUUAACAACAAGCAGCGGAAUUGUUAAAUCAGGCUCUGAAAAUAAUGUUCAGGCUUUGCUGCGAAUGAUCGUCAGGCCGUAUGAAAAUCAGAGGAUUCACGUACGCGUUGAACAGAAAGAUCAUUCUCAUGGAAAUGAGAGAUCACUAAAAAAUUCAAAUGUAGAAUUGGAUAAAUUCGAGUUCCUCCUGACACGCAAUGGAAAGAUGAUCCUGCAGAAAGAUGAGAGGGAUAUCAAUGCAAGGAAAGCCCUAGCUAGUGCUCUUCUCUUUGACUGGAGAUCAUUCCCGAAAGAAUCAAAAGCUCACUACUCCAGAAUCCAGAAUACUCUCUAUGGCAGCUGCAUGGUGAUGUCCUCCGUGAAGCAGAAUGGAGGACUUUCAGUUGAGCAAAAUUUCGAUCCAAUGAAGUGUUCAGAUUUCCGUUGGUGGAUCCUUUCGGACAAUGACUAUGUGGAUCGGAUUGAAGGUCUUCAGAUGAGCAAUUUCCGCAAAUUGGACUUUAUUCAGGAAUCUGGAAAGUAUGUUCUGAAGAAAAUCCAUUCAAAGCAGCACAUUUUCCUCACGCCAGGAAAAGCUGAUGAGAUUGAACAUUCCUUGAAUACUUGCUAUGAUAUUCAGAGGGAUGAACAGGCAGAAGCUUCAGAAAGCUCAGAAGGAGGAGCUUCGAAUUUUAAUGAAGAUCUCUUUGACUUUGAGACUGAACAUGAUAUUAAUAUGCGUCAAGAUGAAAAGACUGUCUUAUUUAAUGAAGACUACAAGAAGAUUCUGUCAAUUCCAGAAAACUGGAAAUACAUUCAUCCUCGAUCUGGCAAUAGAAAAGCAGUGGAGAUCAUUGAUUACAUGAAGAUCUUCUCUGAAGAGGACUUUGAGCUUCUCUACAACAAAACAAUGGAGAAUGAAACGAAUAGCAAAGCUCUGAAAACUUUCUUGGAAGUUGUUCCUUUGGUUGGGACUCCUGCAGCAACGAUCUUCACGACAAAAUUGGUUAGAAAUAGAGACAUUAAAUUCAAACGAGAGAAAAUGCUGUCUAAAUUGGCAGGAAGUAUUAGGCAUGUGUCCCCUGAAUCCCUUCAGACACUUAGAAAUUUAACAAUGAGUGAAGAUGGCAAGGAUGCUCCAAGAGGAGCUCUUUUAGCAUAUAGCUCAGCUCUUUCCUUGAUUUCUCGCAAGUUGAAUCUUCCACAAAAUGCCGAAAGCAGGCUAAUUAUGGAUGAGAGAGCUAUGCUAAUGGAAGGAUAUGAUUAUCUCACAAAGAGGCUAACAGAUGAGCAGAAAUACAGGAAUCAGGUGAUUCUAGUUCAAGCUCUGGGAGAUCUUCAUCUCCCACAAACUCAUGCAUUCCUCAACAAUUACAAAGCAACCAAUAAAAAUCUUCUUGUUCACAUCCUUAAUGCCCAAGAAAAGUCUUUGAAAAAUUCUCCGGAAGAAUUCUUUGAAUACUUCUUCGAUGUAAUCAAUCAAGAUUUGGAAACUGAAGAAAGAUGUGUUGCACUUAAGAUUCUCUUGGAGAACAUCCCAAGUGAUGCUCAUUUUGAGAUUCUGGCUAGAAAAAUGCACGAAGAGAAGGAUUUUGAGUUCUACAACUUCUACGUUACAACAGCUAAAGUUUUAAUUGAGCAGGGAAAACUUCCUGGGAGUGCAGAUAAAUUUCUUCGUCGUCUUGAACCAGGAGCUCGGUCCAAGAGAUUCUUCUAUAAGACAAAGGGGGAUUUUAAGGAGCACUACGCUCUGUCUGGUCAUGUGAUCUUUAGCAAUGCAACGAGAGGAUUUAAACAAUUCCAAAUUGAUCUUAUGCGAACUUUUGCGGGAGAAUACAUCAAGGUCUAUUCCCUCCUCUUCCGUGCAUCGAAUCUUGAUCAGAUUAGUCAGUUGAAUGAUGUUGUGUCGGAUGUUCUGCAGCAGAAAGAUUUCUCCUACGAGCUAAGCCUCUCCAAAGGAUCCCGAACGAUCUAUGCCACAGCUACUGACUUUGAAUUCCAAACUGUCGUGAUGACCAUAAUGUCCCUCGUUAUGCGACAAUCACAGGAAGCAAUUGUACCUCAUUCUACCUUCAAUACAAUCUGCUCAUUCAAUAACAUUGACUUCCUCUUGCCCAUGGAUUCCGGGAAGUACUUCCGCUACUACGUGCAAACUCCAAUGGUUGUAGAUCUGAAAUAUGCCUUCAACCUAACAAUGGAAGAGGAUAUUAUUCUUGAAUUAAUGUUCAGCAUGAAUACAACAAUGCAGACUGUGCGGGGAAUGGAAAUUUUCCAACCGAGGAUGAUGGCUUUCCAAGGAACACGCCAAGUUUCUAAUCUGGAGCUCACGAAGCAAAUUGCUGUGGAUGUUUCAGCUCAAGCCAAUAAAGUUAAUGAUCGUCUAUAUAUCUUCUUGACAAGAAAUGAUGCCCUAACUCCUUAUCUAGGACUAAAGACCAAGAAGGAAACUCAAGUUUACUUCAAUCAUUUGAAGAAGCCUGGCUAUGAACCUGACUCCGACUGGGAGAAGAAUUUCUAUUUCUCUGACAUUAUUAAUGUGUCUGAUGGAAGAACAAAGACUGAAAAGGAAAUCCUGGCAAAAGGACACUGCGAAGACUUUGGCAUGGAAUACAAGAUUGAAAUUGAUAACUACAGAGCCCCACCGAAUGGUUUUAAGAUUCCCCGCUCACUUUCGGAAUUGAUUUACUCGAAACCCUUCUCGGGAAUGACGACGCUUGCUCCUGGAGAGUUUAUAGUUUCCCUUGCAAGCUAUUUCAGGUGGAAAUUCCUUGCCAAUAGCGCAUACUCCAUUGAAUGGAAUGAAUUCGUGCAACCCAGUGAAAUCUUCGAUACAACCAAGAUGAGCUUCCACAUGGAAGAUGGAUUGAUUAUCUUGGAAUUCUUGGAUAAGAAUGACAAUAUUCGCGUAAAGUACAUGGUUGAUGAGGAUGAUGGAGAACGGCAAUUGGCCAGGAUUCCCUCUAAUGGUCCUACACGGGCUUUCUGUGUGAGGUGCGAGUCAAAUGAAGAUUCUGGCGAAUGGUCAGUAAAGCUCUUCUACGGGAAAUACGAUCAGAGAAUCAUUCACUGCCCCAGAGAUCAGACACAGGUCCUCAUUGAGGGAAGUUCGUGGUUCACGGAAGAGCAGCUGGAGUAUCGCAACCAUGAACGGUUAACGUAUGAAGAGUGUCGUGCUAAAACGGAAAUUCUCCCAGCGAAGGAAACGGAAAAUACUUACAGUUGUGCUAAAGCUGCAACGAUGGAGCGUGAAUUCCAGGUUCUAAUUCACUACAAAAAUCUCCCAGAAUGCAUUUCGGAAUGCAUCAAGGACUACGGUCUUUGGGCAUUCUCCAGCAUGGGUGGUGUGAGGAAACCCCCAGUGGGGGUGAUGUCUGAAGGAGAGGUUGACAUUAGAACGUACCAUCCAAUGGAUUCGUACGAUAACUUCGUUAUGACCAUAUCGACUACGGAUGAUACAUUCCAGUUCAAGGGAUCAUCAGAGAUCAUGAAGCUCGAAUGGGCAGCUUUUGAUGGAAUUCAUCACUUUUUCGAUCACUUCUCCAGCUACCCACUGUGCCGUGUUUAUCCUGAGGAUCUUCCUGGAAAUUCAACUGAUUGGGUUCUCCUCUCAGUUAUCAACUACGACACUAAGGUUUAUGCUAAGCGUGUUAAAGAUGAUCAAUUAGGUCUCUUCAUUGAAAAUGUCUCGAAAGAAAUGAAAAUCUUCCCGGUUCAAAAUGAAAUUGGAAAGUACAAAGUUCUUGUUAGUGAGAAGGACAUUGAUACCCUCACAAUGUCCUCCAAGGAACAUUUUGCAACAACAAUGAUCAGGAAUACGAUCUUCAUUCGCGAGCUUGUGUCUUGGAAUCAAAUUGUGAUUGGCUACAAUGGCAGGAGUAUCUUCAUUAAAGGAACUUCAUCGGAUCUUGGAACGAAUUUCUGUGCUGGAAGUCAGAAUAAUCUCCUAAUGGAAUUUUCUGAUGAUUUUUAAAGAAAGGGUUUUAAUUUUAAUUUUCAUUUUGAGAAAUAAAAUUAUAUAACAAUUUAUCAAAAAUAAAUGAAAUAAAAAAAAAUAUGUACUCUGCGUUGAUACCACUGC